UUUGACAACACGCAAUGACGAUGUUGUGUUUCUCCUCCUUCUUAGUCCUGUCUUCCUUUAAAACCGCCUGAGCAGGCGGCGCGAGGCGCACAGCGUGUUCUUGGAGACGUCCGGGAGGUUUACGCACGACAGUCUGGAGCCGGAGAGAGACGCAGUUUAGUUCGGGGUUUAAAUCAGCAUCCAGCGCUUUCCCGUGUUUAACUCUUCUGACCAUUUCCUCCCGGAUCUUGGCCUCUUUUGUUCGGGUGACUUUUGCACGGAUCUCAGGCUCGCUGUGACUGUUUUAGGCUGGGGGAGUGGAAACCAGCUUUUUCAAUCAGAGCGCAGAAGGAGAGGAUGAUUCCGCCGGUUAACGCAGUCCAGGACGACAGCGGAGGCAAAGAGGACGAACGGGACCAGGAUGAGGCUCCAAAAUCCCCGACGAUGAGCGCCAGCCAGCAGGAAACCAAGAAUACUGUGAGACCUGAACAUCACAAGCGCAAGCUGCAGAGACUCAAACGCUCCCUUUCCUUCAAGACCAAGAGCAUCCGCAGCAAGAGUGCCGACAACUUCUUCCGUACUAGCAGCGAGAACAAGACGGAGCUCCUCUCUGAUGUGAGCAGCAGCACAGGCCAUCUCUGCAACAUUGGGAUGGCCCCGCCGCACACUACCAGCCUGCCCAUUCCUCCGGUCCCUCCAGCCAUUCCCUCCGCUCCUCCCCCCACGUCCCGCUCCCAGGCACGCAAUCCGCUGCAGGUAGACUCAGCUGGACACUGCUUCAUGGAGCAUAUCUUCAAGAAACCCACGUUCUGCGACGUCUGCAACCACAUGAUAGUAGGAACAACAGCCAAACACGUGGUGUUCCUGGCAGGAAACACAGCAAAGCAUGGGCUGCGCUGCAAAGCCUGCAAGAUGAGCCUGCACCACAAAUGUGAGAAUGGAGUCGGGCAACAGCGUUGCAUGGGGAAACUGCCUAAAGGCUUUCGGCGAUACUACAGCUCCCCAUUGUUGAACCAGGAGCAGUAUGGAUGCAUUAAAGAAGUCAUGCCCAUUGCCUGUGGGAAUAAAGUGGACCCGGUGUAUGAAGCUCUGAGGUUUGGGACAUCACUUGCACAAAAAGCCAAGAGGGCCAGCGACUCCGAUUCUCCACACAGAAACUCAACCAGUGAUUUGGAUAAUGUUCCAGAGGAGGUUGUGGCUCACAGCAGUAGGCAAGAGCUGUCGAGAAAACACAGCGAUGAUGUAUUUGCAGUCAUUCAGAACGGAGCGGAGUGUUUAUACCUGCCAGAGAGCAAAGCAGAUGACUUGUCGAUGGAGCAGAUCCAGCUGCAGAAAGAUCCUCUGAAGCUCAACACUUUGGUGGCCUUGUAUGAUUUCAGCGCUCAAGAGAGCCAUGACCUGGAGAUGAGAGCCGGAGACAGAAUAUUGCUGGCAGAUGAUUCCAAUGAUGACUGGUGGAAGGGGGUGAUUGAGGACAGGAUCGGCUACUUCCCAGCAGCCUUUGCUCACGAGCUGCAGGAGGGAGAUCAGGUGUUCAGGUGCAACAGGACGUUUAUCGGCUGCAAAGAACAAGGACAGCUCACUCUGAAGGAGGGGCAGAUCUGUGUGAGCAGCGAGGACGAGCGCGGCGGCUUCAUCAGAGUGGCAUUUGGAAAGAAGAGAGGCUAUGUGCCCUGUGAUGUCCUGGAAAUCAUCUGAAACAAAGACUCAGAGAAAGGAUUACAGGAAUAAGAGCAAGGCUGGAUCAGCCACCUGGAUGUAAGGGUAUGGGAACAAACUGAGCAAGAGGAGAGGAAACCACGUCAUCACAGACCUGUGUUUGUACAAACAGUGACACUUCUGGCACCAAAAAACUCCAACCGGGCAGUCCUGCUCUAGCAGACACUACAAUGAGAAGCUGCUUUCUGCUUGUGAGGAGACAGGAGAUCACUGUGUUACUGUUUUUGUUUUUUUUACUUUUAAUUUAUAGAGCCUGUCGUUUUUAUUUCCUGUUUUUAUUUUUCUGUAGUUUAUUUAACUAGAUGCUAUUGCUGAGUUAAAAGAAAAUAGCUUAACAUGUAAAAACACUUACUCUUUGUAAUUAGUUUUACAGCUUUUACUACAGAAACAGAGUCCCCCUCUUACAUAUUUAAUUUCUCAAUGCUUUUAUACAAUUGAAUUUUCCACAUAAAUGGUGCAUUUGUACAUUAAUUAAGCCUAGUAAUUUAGUUUUUUAUGGUGAAAUCCCCACAGUGAGAUAAGGAUAUGAAUAUAUCUAUUUACAUUAGGAAAGUAAGAACAUUGAAACUUGAUUUCUUCUGAAAGUUUAGGUAUGUUCUCAUUGCAUAUUUAUACUUGCUAUUUUGACUAAUGACUAAACAUCAACAAAACCAUAUUAGGAAAUCAGAAACAAUAAAACAGAGCAAGACGAGGAUGCAUGGAAAUAGAGUUACUCCUUUUUCUUUGGGGUAAGAUCCUGAGAAUUUAAAAACAUUAAUGUUAAUGUAAAUCAGUUCAUAAAACAGUUUGUUGAUCCCAAAUGGAAAUUAAAAGUUAUGGAAACUGUAA